AUGAGCCGAGGUUUCCUUAUCCAUAAGCUUGCUGGAAAGAUGCUCGCGUUGUGGGCAAGGUGCGGGUAUGAUCCUGCAAUGGACGAUGAAGCCUGUUUGCUCGGUGGAGUGCCACAGGAUGUGAAGAAGGGGCAUUUUGUCGUGUACGCGGUUGAAGGUGGCGAGCUGAGGCGGUUCGUGUUGAAGCUCAGCUACUUGGCCCAUCCGGGCUUUCUCAAGCUGUUGGAGCAGGCGGAGCGCGAGUUUGGUUUCAAACAGACCGGGAUGCUCGCGCUCCCCUGCGGAUAUUCUGACCUCGAGUCUGUUCUUCAAAGUAAGGCGUGA